AUGUCGACAUCAGCUGCGAGCAGACCACCAUAUUCCACUCAGCCCACAGCGACCACCAUAGUAUCUUCGACAUCGUACAACUCGGACUGUCAAUCGAACGCUACCACCCUCACGUCAAUUACAGUCCCGGAUUUAGCCAGUCCGGGAGUAAACAAAUCACAUCAAUUAGAACCUAUCUUAGACGCAUACGAGGGUUCUACAACCCAUUCGACGGAAAUGGAUGAUCGAUAUGCGGAAGAAAGACCUAGAAGGGCAAGCAUGGAUUUAAAUAGAGGACCAAGUGUAAAGGACAGGGCCAACCAAUUUGAACAGCAGCAGUAUCAUGCUUCCGCAAGCAAUACACCUAGGGGAAGACCAUUGCCUCAACCACAGUCAUAUGAUAUGGGUAGAACGAGGUCGACAUCGCCAUUAAGGGUGAAUCGACGAGUCUCCUCGAGCGUAUCUACUCCGACUCAAGUGAGGAGAAUACCUGUACCAGCUACAGCGCCCGUAGACAAAUUAUCAACACAGAGGAGGACAUACGAAUUUGAAAAUGUUUCGCCUUCGACAAAUCGCAAUCCUCCAGCAAGAUUAGAAAGGGGUAGUGGAUCAGCUAAGAGGAUGAUCCAACAAUGGGAAAGUCUACCCAGUACACCUAUCAACGAGAUUUCUAAACCUCGUUAUCCAGCUACUUCAAUACCGUUAGGAGUCACUGGUAGAGUCAUGAGUAGAGAAUACUUGGAUACGAAACCAUUACCUAUUCCAAGGGCAAAUCCUAUACCUCCCUCGAACCAUUUUUCAAGUGGAAUGGCAGCUGGACCAAGCUAUUCGCCUGGGCUAGCGAAGACUACAUAUAACCCUUCACCCCUGCAACAACAUCUUCAAACACCUACUCAACCUUCUCGAAAGAGAGCAGCAACUCUCUCGCCAUCUCCUUCGUCGUACUCGCUCUCGCCUAGUCCCUCGGGAGAAAAGAGGAAGAGGAAUGGAGGAAGAUCACCUUUGAAGGAAAUGCUCAACAAGUUCGGAGGAGGUAUACAGGCUAUUGGAAGAAAGGCGAAAGGAAAGAAUAAGGAUAAACAUUUUUCGAGAUCGGAAUCGUUCGGAUGGGAUGAUGUGAGUAGUGAUGAACGAUUGGGUACAAAUGGUCUACCAGGAGGAAUCGUCUUUAGCGAUAGGAUGGGAGAAGAGGAAAUGGGAAUCACAAAAAGUCCUUCGGAUCCGAACAUAAUUCGGACCUCGGCGGCAAUGUACCUGAUCCCUACACCAUGUUCCUCCGUCGCAUCAUGGGGCUCAUGGCUUUCUUCCUGGGUGGUUCUCACACCAACAACAAUGCAUAUAACCUAUUGUCCUGUAUUCCAAAACCCCUCAUCUGGCCAUUCGACCCCUCGACGAGUCCUCUCAGGCACCAACCAUACACAAGCAUCUGCUCCGGCGGUACCGUUUAAUCAGAUACCUCAACCUGAACCUGGAGUGACACCAGAUGUGGAGAUGGCAAUGAAAGACUGUGUAGAAGUGAGGAGUUUGAGGAGGGAUGAAGUGAAAGGGAGGGGUAUACCUCCUGUUCCUGAGGGUGUAGGAACCGAGGUAUUGGAAAUGGUAUGGAGCGAUGGAUCAAAGCGGUAUAUCGGGGUUGAAGGUGUAGCAGGCAGAUUGGGAUGGGUCAGCGCGAUUUGGGAUGUACUCUUGGCUUGCAAAUCAACUCAGCCACCCGCUCUUCCCCCUCCUUCCCCUCUCGUACCACCCACAACCCUAUCACGAACUCCGACCACCAAAAUCCCAGCUGUACAACCGACACCUUCAUCUCCCUUUCCUCGUCCGGAACAAUCCGAUUUCCAAUCCCGCUUACGGGCCCUCGAAGCUCGAUCGGCAGGCUCCUCCGCACCGCCUGUCCAGAAAGUUGGCGAUACAUGGGUAGCAGGUAGUGCUUUAGGUGUACCGACAAGUGAUAUCGUUGAUCCACCAAUGACGAAAGCGGAGCCGUCACCGCUGUUGCCUCAAAAGCGAAACGACACGAACACGAUAGGAUUGAGAGAUAGUGUACAGAGGAUGUUCGAUCUUGGUCCAGAUCCAGACUUGACAUUGGAAAGACCGAAAUCUGCAAAUAUCGGCUUACGACAAAGUUCCGAGAUGUCUGAACGAAUCAGAGCAUGGCAACCUUCAACAGCAUCGAGUCAUCUUGAACAUUCCACUCCGUCUUUCUCCAGAACAAAUUCUAACAAAUCUACCACAUCGAAGGCUAAUUCGAACGAUUCUCAAUCUCUGGAUCUUCUACCUUAUACUCAAGAUGAGGAUCAAGAGAUGAUGACGGUAUUUCCAAAGACUGAAACGAUGUUAUCGUUUGAUCCGAACGAUUUGAAUCCAUCAAGAUCAGCAAGUCAAGUUCGCAGAGCAGCUGCUUCAACUGUUGUAGGUGCAGAUGGAGGACAAUCGACAACUACGAGAAGAUACGGUAUGAUGCUGUCUGGUAGAAAGGACAAUCAACCUUUAACGAUCGUAGAAGAGAGUUCAGGUGUAGAAUCAUUUUUGGCCAAACCCCCAAUGACACAUAUCAGUCAUAUAACAUUUCCUAAGCCUGCUGUAGGAGGUGUGCAAAUGACUUCUCAACCAUCUCAAACUCCUACAUUACCUACAAUUCAAUCUGGACGAUCGACAACCUCAAGUGAGGAAGUCGACGGCAGUGGAAGUUCGAGACCUUCUACAGAGAUGCAUACUCCGCUUACUAGACCUACUAGUAGUUUAGCAACUACCAUAAGUGAUCCAACGGUACUUGCAAGAUUGAAAGAUCAUUCGACUCAACAUCAAACUUUGUCCAGCAAGAUUGAUGGAAUGGAUUUUGGUUUGAAGGAAAUUAUCGAUUCGUUAGAUGGUUUCGUAAGGUAUUCCAAAGAGUUUAAUGAUCAACCGAGGGAUAUUGCCGUUCCAAAGGUUUUAGAUGAUAAGUUGAAUACAUUAGGAUUGGAUAUCAAGAACAUAGAAAACACUUUGCAGCUUUCAAAUCUAGCCAACAACGUCAAUAGGGAAGAUCCACUCAAUACUAACGAGCAGAAGAUAUUGGAGGUAAAUGAGAAAUUGGACAAUAUAGUUAGACUUUGUGAACAAGUUCUAUCGAAGCAAGGGACUUCCCAUCGGCCAGUAGUACCAAUAUCCACUGAAAUGGGAAAUGCCAAAGGACUUGAUGAAAGUAUGACAAGAAAUACUUUGGUUGCUUCGCCGAGUGAGGAAGAAAAAUUUGCAGGAGAGGAAGUGGCUCAAAUUAUGGCUGACCUCACCGGCGGAUCAUCCAAGAAUUCACCGAGAUUAGUAGGCCUACACGUUUUGCAUAACGAUCAUAUCUCUGCACCACCUUCACCCAAAGUUGAAAGCGGAUCCACCCUAUCCCCACCACUCGAUAAGAAAUCACUCACGCCCAGACCUACUUCCACCGUGACAACUAGCGGUAAUGGUUUACCAGAAGAAGUGACUAAACAGAUUGGAGAGGUCUUGAGUCUCGUUACAGAGUUGAAAGACGCUAGGACAUUACAGACUCAGCAAACUACUGAUAUAGCGAGAUAUCUUAAUGAAUUGAAUACAUGGCUUGAGAAAUUCGUCGUCAACUCUUCAUCUGAACUUUCCACUCUAUCCAAACGACUCAAUAUCCUCGUCGGUUCUUCGGCCGAUGAUACCGCUUCUUCUACCAGUGGUGAAGGAUCGACGACAAGUCAACCUGGCUUACCGGAUCUGGUAGCUGACUUGCAUAGUAUGAUGUCGGAGCAGAAGAGACGGAACGAUUCGGAAGGAAUGGUCGGACAAAGACUCGAUGCCUUGUUGGGUAUGAUGGGUGAAGAGAGGGAAAGAGCGGCAGGACAACAGAAUACUGUCGAACAAGUUGUUAGUAUACUGGAGAGACAGAGACAAGAUAAUGAGUUGUUACUUAGAGCUGUAGCCACUGAUCUCACAGCGGAGAUCAGAGGUGAAAGAAUGAGGUUCAUCGAAGCUAUGCAACAAGCUACAUCGGUAAACGUAUCCAUGCACGUCGAAGAAUUCAAGAAACUACUGUCUACCGAAGUAAACCGAUCGAUGGCAGAACUAGGUCAAAUGCGAGAAGAGAAAAAAGUGUUAGAGCAGCAGAUUAGCGAUUUAUUCGCCUUGAUGGCUAAACAUGGUGGAAAGGGCAAGAAGAAUGCUCCGGUUUCACCUGCAGCAGUAGCAGCUGGAUUGAGGAUUCCACCUUCUCCUGGAGGUAUGGCGCAAAUGAUGGGUAGUCCUGUAUAUGCCGGUGGGAGGGGAUUGCCAUUUCCACCUCAGUAG